CCGGCAGGCACUGUAGCGGACUUAGCGGUUGCUCGUAGCGCAACGCCUCAGGAGCUGAGGAUAGCGGAUCGCAGCCGCCUUGUCAACAAUAUAAACUCAUUUUUUUAAUGUUGUUUGUGAGUUUCCGUCGUUUAAGUCGGUCUGGUGCGGCUCUCGAGUGCCGUGAACGUUUGAAACAGCUGUAAAGUACAAGGAAGCACGUGCUGACGGUAUGAAUUAUUCAUUGAAUAUUUGAUAACGGUUAACUUACUCAAUGAAACACGCACGCACGGUCAGGUGAGAAGCCUCAUUAGUUACAUAACGGCCGUCGCAGGUAAAUCACUUUAUGAGCCUUGUUGGACGGUACGUAGAUAAUAGUUUUAUUGGUCCUAAGCCGUUUAGUGUAAACCGGCGGCGGAAAUCCCAGCCUGUGGCUGUCGUGUCGUGUCGAGUGUAAAUUACACAUUAACAUUUCGAGCCGUGGCGGCGGUCAUUCAUUUGUACGUGUAUAAAAAAAUGCAACUUGGCAUGUUAAGAGAGUUGGUGUAUUAUUGUUAGUGUUAAAUAAUAAUAUAAUAAUACUAGUUGACCUCGGGCAGCGAGCGUUUUCCUCGUGUCCACUCUGUCUGUCAGUGUCACACACACACACACACACACACACACGACACAGCUGUGUGACAGACAGAGUACAGUACGCGGACCUCGGUACACACAGUGGCAGUGAGUGAGUGAGUGACUGGGCUGCUGCCACCACAGCAGAACUCUGUGUCUGACGAGGUUCGUUCGGUUCGGGGGACAGCAGCAAUAGGACCAGGCUAGUUCAUUACAGGAAGUGGACCGAGCGAGUCUCUUCAGCAGUUUUCUGUCUGACGCGGUCCAUCGAGUGUCCACCCAGGGGUGGACCGGUCCAGGGUUCGAGGCACGCUCGGUGGGCAGUCCCCUCAGCACGCGCUGAGCGCCGUCACUUCCCGUCGCGCGGCUCACACACCACACGCUCCUCUUUAUGAGCGGCAGUAGCAGCAGCUCGCCCGGCGACAACCGUUUGUUCAGUGAAGAAGGAGCAGGAAGAGGAUCGGGCAGAACCUCCGAGAAGAUACAGACAGACAGACAGAGCGAGAGACACGGGCAUUCCAACUCCACGCGCGGCUUCCAUGUUUAAAUCACGCGACUGAGGCGGUGUGAAGAGUCGAAUUAGAUCGAGCGGCACCGAACCCUCUGACUGUGUGUGUGUGUGAGAGAGGAAGAAACAUCCUGAGAUCUCCGGAGCUUCUGACCCUCACACCUCCAGAGCCCGCACUGUAUCCCAUAUAAACACACUAGCGCGUGUGUUAAAGGUCGGCGCCGAGGAUCAUCCUUCCUUCCGCACCGGCACCAUGACCAGGAGAUCGUGCACUAUUUACGCCACUGGGAUCGUGUGCGCCCACCUGCUCAUCGUAGGGAUCGCGCUACUGGUGGCCCAGGUCUUCCCGACCUUCAUCUACAACCGUCUGAAGAAGGAGAUGACCUUGGCUGAGGGGAGCCGGGUUCUGGAUGCUUGGAAGAACCCACCCUCCGAUGUCUUCAUGCAGUACUUCUUCUUCAAUGUGUCCAACCCAGAGGUCUUCCUGGCAGGGGGCAAGGCUGCAGUCACACAGAUUGGCCCCUACACAUACAAGGAGUACCGUCCCCGGGAGAACCUCACAUAUCUGGAGAACGGGACCAAGCUCUCAGCCCUCAAUCCCAAAAGUUUUGUAUUUGUGCCAGAGAUGUCAGCAGGAGAUCCUGAGGUGGACCGUGUGAGGACCAUCAACAUCCCUUUUGUGGCUGUAAUGAACGAGAUGAGCUCCUACUCCUUCUUUAUACGCCCGCUGGUGUCGCUUUGGAUGAACUCCAUUGGUGUGGACCUCUUCACUACUCGCACCGUUCAUGAGAUGCUGUGGGGCUUCAAGGACCCCCUGCUCUCCCGCAUCCACACUUUGAAGCCUGAUGUAGAUGAAUACUUUGGCUUCAUGUACAAGAAAAACGGAUCUCAUGAAGGCGAAUUUGUGUUUCUCACGGGAGAGGAGAACUACAUGGACUUUGGCAGAAUUGACACAUGGAAUGGCCUGAGGAAAAUGACGUGGUGGUCGUCCAACCAGAGCAACAUGAUCAACGGCACCGACGGCAGUGCCUUUCACCCUUUGCUGUCCAAAGACGAGUUGCUGUACAUCUUUGCGGCGGAUCUCUGCAGAUCCAUACACCUGGCGUAUGUGGAGGACGUGGAAGUACAGGGCAUUCCAGCCUACCGCUUUGCACCCCCUCUGGAUGUGCUCGCCAGCCCGGAGGACAACCCCGCUAAUGCUGGAUUCUGCGUGCCAGCCGGGAAGUGCCUGAGUGCCGGCGUGCUCAAGGUCAGCGUGUGCCGUCAAGGAGCCCCCAUCGUUGUUUCCUUCCCACAUUUCUACCAGGCAGACCAAAAGUAUGUCAACGCCUUCGAAGGUCUAACGCCCAACAAGGAUGACCACGAGACGUAUCUUGACCUGAACCCGACAACAGGUGUUCCUGUUCGUGCCUGCAAGCGAGCACAGCUCAAUGUCCUGCUCAACAGAGUCAGCGGCUUCCCAAAAACAAGAAACCUCAGUGAAACAAUCUUCCCCAUCAUGUUCGUGAAUGAGACAUUUGUGAUCGACGAAGACUCUGCGGCCAACAUGCGGAAUCUGCUGCUCAUCAUCACGCUCGUGUCCAACUUGCCACUCUUCAUUGUAGGCUUCGGUGCCAUCCUGCUGCUUGUCUUGGUCAUCCUCAUCUGCAGGUCUCGCCAGAAGAAGAAUGCUGUGAAACGUAUUGAGUUUACCGAGGCUUUUCAUUCUUUUGCUACGGUGAAGGAUGACACGGCCUACACCCAGGUGAGCUCCAAGCCGGAGGAGCCGCAGGGUGGCCAGGCGUCAACGCAGCAGCUGCGCAAUGGCUCCUACAUUGCCAUGUCGCAGGUGGAGACAUCAGAUUAAUGAUGGAGUGUGACUGGGACUGGGUGGGGGGGAGGGGGGGUUAACUGGGUUUCUUUACUCUUCGGGAGGUGGGGGAUGCAACACCAGUAAUGAUGGCCAGCUGUGAUGGUUCUGGUUCUGCAACCAUCGAUUAUUGGCCCCCUCCACCAGGCUUGUUGCAUGGCUUCCUGCCGCUCACCUAACUGGACUUGCAAGAUCAACGAUGCCUUAGACUCUGACAGCCUCUGAUGACGCAACACACACAUACACACACCUCUGCAGCGGGGGGCUCAGUCUGUGGACCACCCCUAGCAGCACAAA